AGGCGAAUUGUGAGCCGAUGCGCAGGCGCAGUGGCCCGGCGAGGGACAGUGUGUUUUCAAAAUGGCGGCAGCGAUGGAUGUGGAUACCCCCAGCGGCACCAACAGCGGCGCGGGCAAGAAGCGCUUUGAAGUGAAAAAGUGGAAUGCGGUAGCCCUCUGGGCCUGGGAUAUUGUAGUUGAUAACUGUGCCAUCUGCAGGAACCACAUUAUGGAUCUUUGCAUUGAAUGUCAGGCCAACCAGGCGUCUGCUACUUCUGAAGAGUGUACUGUUGCGUGGGGAGUCUGUAAUCAUGCUUUUCAUUUCCACUGCAUCUCUCGAUGGCUCAAAACGAGGCAGGUGUGUCCACUGGACAACAGAGAGUGGGAAUUCCAAAAGUAUGGGCACUAGAAAAGAUGCUCCCUAAAGCUUACCCAUGUGUUACUCGUGUAGCAACUCACCUUCCUGUUAAUUAUAAAUUAGAUAGAACCAUGGUUUUUUCUUCUUUUGUCUUCGGUGUUUGCUGUCCCCACGGCCAUAUUGUAUUUUGUGUCAAAUAAAGUCGUUAAGUUCAAGAA